AACAUAUUCCGGAGAUGCAGUAGGGCGAUGUCGACAGCGGCCCAGCCAUAUCCAUUCUCUAGUGCAGCCAAGAUCCUACCACCACCUGCGACACCUCCGCCGGCGCCGCUGAUGCAAGGCAAAGGCCUCAUGCAGUACCUUACGCAAACUCUCCCGAGCCCCGACAAGCAAAAACUGCUUACUACCUACUUCUCUCGGCGGCAUCCACUGCGCAUCCUCCCCGGCUCUGUGCUGACUGUUAUGCUUGGUCAUGCGCCGACGACAUUCUCCGGCGUGCUCAUGUCCGUGCGUCGGCGUGGGCUCGACACCUCGUUCGUCCUCCGCAACGUGAUCAACCGGACGGGAGUGGAAAUGCAGUUCUUCGUCAUGUCACCGCACCUGAAGAACAUCAAGAUAAUGCAGCGGGCCGGCGGAGGAGGAGGGAAGGCGGGCAGACGGAUGCGCAGAGCCAAACUGUUCUACCUCAGAGAUUCGCCGGAGAAGAUGUCUGCUAUCUCUGCGGGCGUGCGUGGUUAGGUUGUGGUACAGGCAGUGUCGCAUUUGGGGCGAUGCGUGUGAGCGGCAGACACAUCGGUCAAACCGCGGACCGUAUAGAAUCACGGGCUGUUGACAGGAGGAAGGAGACGGGCGGGUGGCACAGCUCGCCGCACACCAAAAGCAUGCCACGAAUCUCGCGACCGUGGCGAUUUCAUCACUUGAAGGUUCAAUCUGUCUCAGCGGUAGACUGUCACUUGCUUGUUUCACACAUUGAAUGCAUCGAUGAGGGUGGUUACACAUCCUAUCUCUUCGUGUCCUC